GAAGUCAAGUGAAAACACACUGUAAGGAGUACAGCAGCAGGUCCUGUGCUCCCUGCAUGGGUGGAACCUACACUGAUCAACAAAAUGGUCUAGAACGAUGUCUUUCCUGUACAAACUGUGACUCAGGUUCAGGACUGAGGGUAAAAACACCGUGUACAUCAACAUCAGAUACAGUCUGUGAACCACUGGAGAGGUUCUACUGUGUUUCCUAUGAGAAAGACAGCUGUAGAAGAGCACAGGAACACAGACACUGUAAACCAGGACAGUACAUCAGACAGAAUGGCACAGCCUCCACAGACACUGAGUGCUCUGACUGCAGCAGUGGAACAUUUUCAAAUGGAACAUUUCACUCCUGUCAGCCACACACACAAUGUCACUCACUCAACCUUCAGCUGAUAACAGAAGGAACACUUGCAGCUGACAAUCAGUGUGGAGAAAAAAGCAAUCAUGUGACCCCGACUAUCACCGUGAUUGUCUUAAUUAUUGUAGGACUAGUUAUUAGUGUUAUUAGUAUUAUUAUGCUUAAAAAAAAGAAGGGGAUUGUAUUUAAAUCCAGAAACAGAAAGAACAGCACAUUAAGCUCUCCAAAAGGAGAACAAGCAGAACUCCAUAUGCAAAGUCAAAGAGGGAAACCGAGUGAAGAUAAAGAGAAAGAAAAUGGUCUCCUCCCCCCAGAAUAACUGGUAAAUGGACUGGUCCGUACAUGGUGCUUUUCUACCUGAGCACUAAGAGUGCUUAUACAACAACAUGCCUUAUUCACACGAGCGCUUUUUUUCCUAAGCUUAAACGUUUUCUAGCAUUCACAUUCCAGAGAAGCAGCUUGGAGUUCAGUAUCAAAAGACUUGUAGGCAUGCAGACCGGAGCAGCCGGGCUUCAAACCACCAACCUUCCACUUAGUAGAUGACCCUCCACCUCCUGUGAUACAGACACAUAAACAUGUCCUGUUCUGAUGCAGCUGGAUGCUGACACGUUGUGUUUGCAGUGGACAGAAAUCAAACAUCUGGAUCAUCAUGUCACUGCACUCACACUGAAACCUGCAGUGCUCCUGCUGACACACUCUUGGUCAUGUGACUGUACACACAGACUCACACAGAGCUCAAAGCAGGAAGUGGAACAGACUGAAAAUGGACUCAUGGGAUAUUUACUGAAUAUAAUUUAAUUGUUUAAAAUAAAUUUAAACUUAAAAAAGAUAAGUUAAAAAAAUAAUUCCAGAAGAGUGUGUGUUGGGAUCGUUUUUUAUGAUAUCUGUACAAAACUUUGAUAAUUGUAUGUAUGCAGGAGCAGCAGUAAUGACAGAUACAUCGUACAAAUCAUUUGUGUGCUGUCUUAUUGUAUAUGUACCUGAUUGUUCUGGAUACACUUUGAAGUAUUUGUGCAGAUAAUACCCGAGACUUACUUCAUUCCAUGUAAAGCUUGUAUAUAGAUUUGGUGUUUUGAAAGAUUUUGGACAUAAACAGUUUAUUCAUUAAUAAACAUGUUUGUGGUUUUCACAGUAAAAA